UACUUCCGGUGUGUUUCGAGGCGAAGCAAUGUUGAAGGAGUACAGUCCUGUCGCUCAGGCCCUACUGGGUACACUGUUUACCUGGGCAUUGACAGCGCUUGGAUCGGGGCUUGUAUUUGUCUUCAAAAGCGGCCAGAGAAAAAUACUCGAUGGAAGUCUUGGAUUUGCUGCAGGGGUGAUGACAGCAGCUUCCUACUGGUCCCUGCUGGCUCCAGCUAUAGAGUUUGCUGAGCACUCCGGACUUUAUGGAACGAAUGGAGAGUGGGCUUUCAUCCCUGUGGCUGUGGGAUUUGUUCUUGGAGCCCUAUUUGUCUAUGCUGCAGACAUAGUUUUACCUAAUAUGGGAGGAAGCCCAUCCGAUCUUGCCCUUUCCCUGGAUGUGGAGACCAAACUAGAAAAAGAUGGCAAUUUGAAUUAUUCCCCUUCUCCCGAAUUUGCUCAAGGUUAUGAUGAUAACUUUUCCAAGUCACCAGCAGGCACGAGACAGAGGCGACCAGUGCCUACCGACAAUUAUUACCAGGCUGCUUCUAGUCAUGAGUCUAUAGACUUGUCAGUCUCUGAGAGGAACCUUACAGAUUCCAGGAAUACAAGCUGGAGAAGAAUACUGUUAUUAAUAGUAGCCAUUACAAUUCAUAAUAUACCAGAGGGCCUUGCUGUAGGUGUGGGCUUCGGUGCUAUAGGGAAGACAAAAACAGCUACUUUUGAAAGUGCAAGGAAUUUAGCAUUUGGAAUAGGUAUACAAAACUUCCCAGAAGGACUUGCUGUUAGUCUUCCACUUAGAGGCUCAGGGAUGUCUGUGUUCAAAAGCUUUUGGUAUGGUCAGUUGAGUGGAAUGGUGGAACCUGUUGCUGGGUUAUUUGGUGCAGCGGCAGUGGUCGUUGCCGAACCUCUCCUCCCCUAUGCCUUAGCCUUUGCUGCUGGUGCUAUGAUAUAUGUUGUUGUGGAUGACAUCGUCCCUGAAGCCCAUACAUGUGGCAAUGGCAAAGUAGCUUCCUGGGGUGCUAUCCUUGGAUUUGUGGUGAUGAUGUCAUUAGAUGUGGGACUUGGCUGAAUCAGGGUCACUGAGCACGAUUCCGCCCAGUAAUCCCAUGGAUGGACAGAUCUAUAUGCAGUCAUACACAGAAUCCUCUCAACUACCACCGCUGCCAACAUCAACCACAUAGAAUUCAUUUUACUCUUAUCCCUUCAUAUACCGCAAGAAUAAUGGACCAAUGUUAUUUUUUAUAUAGACACUUAAUAGGGUUCUCACUAAGUGGUUCUCUCAUUUCAUUUUGUUUGCUUGUUUGUGGUUCCAACACACCUAUGAAUUUUAAGCAGUCACUUAAAAUGAAACUAUUCUGUCUAUUAAGCAGAUAAAUGACUGUUUAAAGACUGAACAUGUCUUAAGAUGAACCUAAAAUGAAAAUCCUCUAGUCAAGAAUCUGCCAUAAAGAAUUGCUUUUAUAUUGAAAUAUAUUUAAAGUUUUCUGUAGUAUAAAUAUUGACUUCCACUCUCUGGAAUGGACACACCAUACAUGAGAAAGAAGUUCGGAGUGUUCAUUAGACUUCCAGAACAUUGUAUAUCUAUAGGUACAUCUGUCAUAUAGUCUUUUUCAUUAUGCACUGACAAAUUUCCUUAUGUUUUAAACAGUUCAAUAACUCCUCGAUACACCAGCAAUUGAAAACACCAUUUACAUAAGACGGAUACCGCUAAUCACUAGUCCAGCAACAAUAGUCCAGCCACUAAUCACACUCGUUCCACAAAACCUUCACUGAAUGACAGACUUGUAUCACAUGAUUUAUUACUCGUUACUGCACAACUCAUCACUGCAUUAAUCACUUUCUUGCUACAAGUCGUAUCCAA